GCAGCACAUCGAGCUUGAUGUCUUCGUGUAUGGUGCUGCCACCAGCGUUUAUGCUGAAAGCAGCCGGUGGUCGCUGGCCGAGGAGAUUUUUGAUCAGGUACGGUCAGCUGGACUCCGGCCCGACAUGGUGUUGCGUGCCAAGGCUUUGACGGCCGAGCCAAUGCUGCAGGGCCCAUCGCCAGGGCGCUUUAGACACCUCGUCUUCUGGCAGCUGUCGCUGUGGUGCCUGAACUACUCGGGCCGAUGCUCCAUGCGGCGGGCGGACGAGAUCGCGGAAGGUGCAGCAUGGGACUGGCCAAGCGGUGCUUUCCUCAGGUUCGGGAACGAAUCCGAGCUGAUCUACACCAGGAUUACAACGAGCGCAGGGCUGACCAUCUCGGAUCUGCAGAUCAUUGUUCCCGCUGCCGAAUGCAGGGAAUGGAAUGCCUCCGACUUGGGACCUUACACUCUGUUGAUCCACAUGCACGAUGCGUCGUACCUGGAGUUGCUGCUCCACAUAACCGCCGAUGAAAACUCGACCUUGUUUCUGGGCCCCUCUCUGGAGGAUGGCUAUGAGAUAACCUUAGCCAGCGAGCAGGGCAUCUCCUCCAUACGAAGGCUGAUUGCGAGCCGAGUGCAAGGAAGCACACAGGAGUAUCCUGGCAGGCAGGGGCUUUCGGCCCUCCCCGGUGCUCGGCUCUCCAUCCGCCUCUCCUGGCAGCUGCUGCUUGGGGCCGGCACCCUGAGGAUCUACAACGGCAGCGAGCCGCUUGCUGCGACGCAGCUGUUGGCUUUCGUUGACCCGGCGCCACCGCGUCUCUGGAGCGCCUGUCCCGUGGGCCGGUCUGCGCCGGUGCUCGAGAGGGAUGGGACACGGCCAUCGGAAUGCGAAGAAACGCUGCAAGACGUCGCAGCUGCCGGGCUACAGCUAGGUGCUCUCUCCAAGGGGUCUGCCCUCACGGCCGAGGUUCCCAGCAGCGACUGGCAGAGCUGGCCCUUGCCUCUGGUGCUCACAGAUAAUCGGUUGGAAGCUCUGGAAAACUUCAGCUUCAUGCAAGGCAGCAUUUUGUUCGCAGACGUGGUCGUACGUGGAGUUGCCAGCCCUUGCAACACCACAGGUUGCCUGGCAUUGCAGCGCUGGGACUGCUUCUUCCGGCCUGGAGCAGGCACAGGCCCUUGCCUCCUCGACUUCACAGAAGCAACUGGUCGCAAUGGCUGGACCCUCACUGCCGGAGUUCUCAGCCGUGCGAGCUGGACAGCCGACUUCGGGGCAGAUGCAUUGGUCGCCAGCGGCGCACUUCUCCAGGACUUCCCGCAGCAGUGUGGUGCGCCAGAGGCGGCGUCAACAUCUUUUCAGUCGAGUGCUGCCCUGGAGCUGGCAUCAGCCUUUCCUGCAGCCAGCCUACCAGCUGUGCGCGAUGAUGUGACCACGCCUUUCACCGUGGCACUGUGCUACUGCGGCUCUGUGGGGUCUUGCUCUGAUAGAGAAGACUUCGUGCAAGCUUUCGGGUGGGUCAUUCACGUUUGCGAUCGCGACGAUUCAAGUUGUGAUACCUCCUACUUGCGUGUGGUGCCCCAGCAGCGGUUCGUGACAAAGCUGCAUGGUUGCAAUGAGCGCAGAAUUUGGAUUCGCAGUUCCUUUGGCAAUUUGAUCUUUUGCCCACCCGGGGGCGCCUGUUUGAGCGGGACCUUGAAUCGGAUCAAGUUCCUGGAGGCCGGGGAUGCUCCGCCGCGGCCUACCUGGCGCACAGACAACGCUUGCCAGCAGCGGCCGUGCCUGGGCCGAGAGCCCUCUUCUGUCGCGUGGCCAUCUCCGGGGGACAGCCUCUCACUGGACGGCGGCUUCCGGGUUGAUUACAAGGUGUGGUCGACCUUCCGCGUGCAGUUCGCGGCGCCUCCGAAGACCACGGUGUGGGUGUUGAUCAUGCAGAUUGUGGCACUGGUUGCUCUCGUAAGGCAAACGGUCCUGGCUUAUGCACUGGCGGCCCGGACGCUGGGUGUGUCACCUUUCUCCGUGCCAACGGAAACCAUCCGGUAUGUGGACAAGCCAGGUAGCUUCACGCUUUUCAGCGGCAUCAAAUCUGGUGCCACCCCACUCAGCUUCGACGGAAACAGAUUUCAAGGUGCGGACCUGAGAUUGUUUCUUUCCUUGGACAAUGAGGUGGGAGCGGCAGGAGCGACACUAGUGGACGCCUACGGUGUCAGGACCAAGGGCCAAGCCGAGCUUCAAAGCGCCUUGGAUGGCGAGUGCGGCACACGGGAUUUUUCGCAGACCUUGGUGGAUGAAGGUCUCCAAAGCGCAGAGGAUGCCGUUGCUCAUCGUGCCAGCGCCACCGACCUCAGCAGCCACUUCGCCUUCGCAGGGGCGAACCAGGCAUUGACGCUACGGCCAAUGAAGGCGGGUACUCUUGUGGCCUGCUACUGCGGUGCAAUCUCAGCGCAGGGCACCUGCGGCGCCACCUGGAGACUUGGCGGAAAGAGCGUCGUGGCAGAGCGGCCAAGCAUGGCCCAUCUCCACUUGCUCCAAGUAGGUUGUUUGCAGGGCUUCUGCAGAUUGCCGGCCCCAGGGGUGGGCAGGACAUUGCAGGCCAACCGGCGAAUGCAAGUUCGUCGCAUGCAGGGGCCAACAGGCCAUAGCAAUGUCUACCAGGUGAGCUGGGGCUUCAAGGUCACAGACAACCUGCGCCUGGUCACCUCAAGCGCACUUUGCGCCGAUGGGAGCGACGUGCCCGGAAGUGCGUGGAAUCCAGAGGGUACCACUGCCGUCAAGGUCGGAUGCCCCUAUGGCGUCAAUUCCUCCAAGGUUUGUGAGCCGUCAUCGGUGGACGAAAUGUUGCCUGUGCAGCUUUCUGACAACCUCCGGACCGGAGUACACAUCGUGCACUGGUUGAUCGAGGGGCCACACAGCAGCGUGCUGACGUUCUCCAGCCCCGUGACGGGCCUCCUGCGAGAUGGCGAUGCAAUCUACAUCGAGCCGAACAGCAUUCUCGUCGACGGCCGAGGUCUCGCUGCCAUGACAGACACGGAAAGAUUCCAUGCUAUGGCCCUGACAGGGAUGGGCCAGUUCCAGGAUGAUGGCACGAACUUUCUACGGCACUGGCAUUACGUCCAGCUGCUGACCGCCAAUGAGAAUGGCCUGUCCGCAACAUCGAAGGUACGAAUACCAGUGGGGUGGCCGGAGGACGUGGAGAAGCCAGUCAUCGAGCUGGCCAGCAAUCAGCUGCAGUGGUAUCGAAGCAAUGUGAUGAACUCGCAGGAGGAGUUCAGAGCAAACGGGGUUGUGGCGGACUUGAAGGUGUGCUGGGCACCCAACGAGUUUUCGCUCCGACUCGUAGCCAUGGCCAAGGCUGUCCUCGAGGCGUUGAAAGCAACGGGUGCCAGCGACCUUUCCAAGGCGAUCGAGGCAGUCUCUGCCGGCCUCUUCAAGAUCAAGACGCUGACGGGCCGUGAGAUCCUUGACUCGCGUGGUAACCCCACGGUGGAGGUGGAUCUCACCACCGAGGGCGGCGUCACCGUCACUGCCGCAGUGCCCAGUGGCGCCUCCACGGGUGUGCAUGAGGCCUGUGAGCUUCGCGAUGGUGACAAGACGCGUUACUUGGGGAAGGGCGUCCUGAAGGCCGUGGAGUCGGUGAAUACCGUUCUCAGCACGGAGCUGAAGGGCUUCGAUGUUUCCAAGCAGAAGGAGCUGGAUGACAAGAUGAUUGCGCUGGAUGGCACGCCCAACAAGAGCAAGCUUGGCGCCAACGCCAUCUUGGGCGUCUCCAUGGCUGCGGCCAAGGCCGCCGCACAGGCCAAGGGCAUCCCUUUGUACCAGCACUUUGCGGAGCUGGCCGGCAACGGUUCCAAGCUCACUUUGCCGGUGCCCUGCUUCAACGUGAUCAAUGGCGGCUCCCAUGCAGGCAACAAGCUGGCCUUCCAGGAGUACUUCAUCAUCCCGGUUGGAGCAUCCUCCUUCAAGGACGCCAUGCGCAUCGGAUCGGAGUGCUAUCACACCCUGAAGGGCAUCAUCAAGAAAAAGUUCGGUGGCGAUGCAACCCUUAUUGGAGAUGAGGGUGGUUUCGCGCCCCCCUGCGAUGCCAAGCAGGGUGUGGAGCUCAUCAUGGAGGCCAUCGAGAAGGCCGGGUACAAGGACAAGUGCAAGAUUGGAAUGGACGUGGCAGCAUCCGAGUUCAAGGUGGAGGGAGCAGACUGCUACGACCUCGGAACUUGGUACGCCGAGGCGGAGAAGACCCCGGAUCUCAAGAUGACCGGGGUGCAGCUCGCCGACUUCUAUGCCGACCUCUGCAAGAACUACCCAUUGAUCACCAUCGAGGACCCUUUUGAUCAAGACGACUGGGCGGCAUGGACGGCCUUCACCGAGAAAGUGGGUGGACCCACGCAGGUGGUCGGAGACGACUUGACCGUCACCAAUGUCACUCGCGUCAAGAAGGCCAUCGAUGAUAAGGCCUGCAACGCUUUGCUUUUGAAGGUGAACCAGAUCGGCACAGUGUCCGAGUCCAUCGACGCCGUGAAGCUUUGCAAGGUGAACGGAUGGGGUGUGAUGUGCUCUCACCGCUCCGGAGAGACGGAGGACACGACGAUUGCCGACUUGGCAGUGGGUCUCUGCACCGGUCAGAUCAAGACUGGUGCGCCCUGCCGCUCCGACCGCAACGCGAAGUACAAUCAGCUCAUGCGCAUCGAAGAGGAGCUUGGUGACAAGUGCGCCUAUGCCGGGGAGACUUGGCGCAAGCCAGUUUGGAUGGCCUAA